AUGCUGAAUAGGAUACAUAGCUAUGCAGUACCGUCAUCAUCAUCACAGCAGCCGAACAUCACUGAAAUCAUUUUAACCGCUGAAUUUGAUGAACUACAACAAAAUACAUCAAAUAUUACUGUUGAAGACCAGCAUACUGUCGGAUUCGUUGAAGAGAAUUUUCCAGUUCCUAGUGCUGGUUUCACAGAAAUGGUCGAAGCCGCUAAGCAAUUCGUCCAUAAAUAUCUCACAAUUAGCGAAUGGUUGAAUAUGAAGAAAUUACUGCGAGUGAUCAAAGAAAUAGGAGGAACUCGUCGUGAUACUCAUCGUGCUAUCACUAUCUAUCUCGGGCGUGUGUUAUCCGCUGAGAAACGUCGUGAAAUCGAGGAUCGAAAGCAGGAACUUGCUGAGAAAUUCUCAGGGGAUUUUCGCUUUCGGCUAUAA